AAUUUAACAUAUAGAGUUAAUUUGUUUCUUCAUUGUCAAUGCAAAUAAAAUGACACUGAUUAAACCAUAUUUUGAGGUUCAUAAUUGAAAUAAAAUUAUAAUGUGUACAAGUGUAAAUGGAAGACCACGGGAAAUAUUUUCUCAUCUCAGAUUGAUUGUUCCACUACUCAAGUGAAGCAGGGAUAGACCUGCUCUAGAAAAACGUAGAAUUCGUUGUCUGAAUGUCCAGUAAGUAAAAUACAUUUCUAUACUUUAUUAAAUGUGUGGGUGAAAUACCUCACGUGGCACAAUUCUGAAGAAUGGAAAAUUAUUCAUUUUCCUGUUUACUAGCACGUUUUCUCAAACCAUAAUGAGUAUAAAUUUUUCUUUUUGUUGUUGUUGCCACCCAAGUAGGAUUUUCUUAUAAUUCUAGGAUAUAAGCAAAUUUCUAUUUAUUUAGCUAUUUUCAUUAAUGCGUUAGAAAGAAAAAGAUUAUAAGCUAAAAUGUUAUAGAGUCUGAUCAUAUACGUGUGUGAGUGUGUGUGUGUGUGUGUGUGUGUGUGUGUGAGAUCAAUCCCUUUUCCCCUGGGCAAGAAACAGUAUAUUGUUGCUAGUGAAAAUAAGGUAAAAUGUCAUAAAACUUUUUGACAAUGUGGAUUUCCAGUCAUAUUUGAACCCUACGUAGUUCUUUUCAUUUGUAUAGUCAUGCUGUCAUCAUUUUCUUAUUUCCUAUCAAACUGAAUAAAUUAUGGAUCCAUAUUCUGAAAAUUUGAGGACAUAGAGCAGCACAUUUGAAGGAUCUGUAAUAAAAUCAAAGAUGGAAGCUUCUAGAAAUGAUUCAUUCUGGAUUUUCUACUUAAGUAGUUGUUUAAACACUAUAAUAUUUAUUUUAGAUACUUAUAACUUGGAAUAUAAAUCUCUCCUAAAAGCAUCAAGAAGUUAUUUCAUUUUGAGAGUCCAUGGUACAUACUUGAUUUAUUGCUAUUUCUCCAUUGAUGUUAUGCCAUGACUAUGACCCCCCAUAUAAUAGAAGCAUAGAGUGAGAUUGUAGAUUCUGUGUUCUCACAUCCACUUUUCUGUGUUUUUAUGGCUCCUUCCUCACUCUCAGGUAUGACUUUUUCAGGCUUGUUUACCCUUUUCAUCUUCAUUGCCACCUUCUCAUUUUCUGAUCUAAUCUGUUAUUGUUUGGAAAGAUUAUUAACCUAUUUUAAAAUUGUGUGUCAUUCAGUAAGAAAUAGAUGGCUUAGUAAGAAGCUUUUCUAAAGUAAAUUGCAUAAAAUUGAACGCAUGCAGGGGCUUCCCUGGUGGCGCAGUGGUUUAGAGUCCGCCUGCCGAUGCAGGGGACACGGGUUUGUGCCCCGGUCCGGGAAGAUCCCACAUGCCGCAGAGCUGCUGGGUCCGUGAGCCAUGGCCGCUGCGCCUGCGCGUCCAGAGCCUGUGCUCCGCAACUGGAGAGGCCACAACAGUGAGAGGCCUGCGUACCGCAAAAAAAAAAAAAAAAAAAAAAAAAAAAAUUGAAUGCAUGCAGUUUGCGACUUGCUUAGAUGUGUUUUGGCUUUUUCUCUGGUUCUUAAGUGAUUCCCAGAAAGUUCAAGAGAGCGUAUAAACCCCACAUUGAGGUAUUUUUGUUCUUGUGUGGCUGUUAUACCAAGCACACUCUCCAUCAUUGCUAAUUUCCUUCCUUUAUCCUAUUAUAAAUGUGGGAAUAACAUAAAUAGGUAAUGUUUUAGUAUCGUUGCAAGCAAAUGUUUUAGCUCUUGCUGGUUUUGGUACUUCAUUUAUCUCUACCCUGGACAAGGAAAUAUCUGUAAAUUAGGAAGAUAAUUUAGACAUUUAAUUAGAAACAUGUCUUAAAACACAUUUGUUGUUUUUCUUUCAGAACGGUGAGGUAGGCCUGGAUACUAUUAUUCUCCUUAAGGUAGUAUUUGCAUUGUGGGACUGUUUAACUUCCUUCCAACAAUUGUAAGUAUGUUAGAUAAAUAGAACCCAUUUUUAUGUAGUCUGAAUGUAUCUAGUAUUCAUAGCUUUUUUGUGAUUCUGAAUUUCUUAUUGGAUGGGACUAAAUAAAAUUGGACAGUAAAUAUAAGAUAUCUUUACCAUUUCACACACACAUAUAGACAUGCACAGGCAUAUGUGCACAUAUGUAUGUGUCUUGCCAUGUGCCUUUAUCUCCAUUUUUGUCUUUUAGUGCUUCAAUGGUCCCAGUGAUGUUGGUUCAACGGCAGCUCCCUGUAUUUGUCCUCCAGGAAAACCAGGACUACAAGGCCCCAAAGGUGACCCUGGACAGCCUGGGAACCCUGGAUACCCUGGACAACCUGGUCAAGAUGGGAUAUCAGGGAAUGGCAGGAUCACCAGGUGUUCCAGGAUCCCCAGGAAUACAAGGAGCACGAGGACUACCAGGUUAUAAAGGAGAACUGGGGAGAGAUGGAGAAAAGGGUGACCGUGGACUUCCUGGUUUUCCUGGGCUUCAUGGAAUGCCAGGAUCAAAGGGUGAAAUGGGUCCCAAGGGAGAUAAAGGAUCACCUGGAUUUUAUGGCAAAAAGGGUGCAAAAGGUGAAAAGGGGAAUGCUGGUUUUCCUGGCCUUCCUGGACGUGCUGGAGAACCAGGAAGACAUGGAAAGGAUGGAUUAAUGGGUAGCCCUGGUUACAAGGGAGAAGCAGGACCUCCAGGUGCUCCAGGGCAGGAUGGAUCACGGGGUGAGCCUGGAAUCCCAGGAUUUCCUGGAAACCAAGGAUUAAUGGGACAAAAAGGAGAAAUUGGGCCUCCAGGACCACUAGGAAAAAAAGGAGCUCCGGGGAUACCUGGUUUGAUGGGAAGCGACGGCUCACCAGGUCAGCCUGGAGCCCCAGGAUCUAAGGGAAAUAAAGGUGAACCUGGACUUCAAGGGCUGCCUGGGGCUUCUGGGCUCAAGGGAGAACCAGGAGCAGUGGGUCUGCCAGGAGAACCAGGAUACCUGGGUUUACCUGGAAUUCAAGGGAAAAAGGGGGACAAAGGAAAUCAAGGCGAAAAGGGCAUUCAGGGUCAAAAGGGAGAGAAUGGAAGACCAGGGAUUCCAGGGCCACAGGGAAUUCAAGGCCAUCAUGGUACAAAAGGAGAGAGAGGUGAAAAGGGAGAGCCUGGUGCCAGAGGUGCCACUGGACCCAAAGGAGAAUCUGGAGUGAAUGGUCUGAUGGGGCCUACGGGUCCCCAGGGGCAACCCGGGGAAGCAGGUCCUCAGGGACCCCCAGGACUAGAUGGGAAGCCCGGGAGAGAAUUUUCAGAACAGUUUAUUCGACAAGUUUGCACUGAUGUAUUAAGAGCCCAGCUACCUGUCUUACUUCAAAGUGGAAGAAUUCAGAGUUGUGAUCACUGCCAGUCCCAGCGUGGCUCUCCUGGUAUUCCUGGGCCACCUGGUCCCAUGGGCCCAGAAGGUCCCCGAGGAUUCCCUGGUUUGCCAGGAAGAGAUGGUGUUCCUGGAUUAAUGGGAGCUCCGGGACGCCCAGGUGCCAAAGGAUUAAAAGGCUUACCAGGACGAAAUGGGGCAAAGGGGAGCCAAGGGCUUGGGUACCCUGGAGUACAAGGUCCUCCUGGUCCCCCAGGUCCAGAGGGCCCCCCUGGAAUAAGCAAAGAAGGUCCUCCGGGAGACCCAGGUCUCCCCGGCAAAGACGGAGACCACGGAAAACCUGGAAUCCAAGGGCAGCCAGGACCCCCGGGCAUCUGUGAUCCAUCACUGUGUUUUAGUGUCAUUGUCAGAAGAGAUCCCUUUAGAAAAGGACCAAACUAUUAGUGUCUGAUGCCUCAUUCAGCAGCCUAGGCAUGGUGCUCUUCUUUUGUGGUCUUUGCAUCUCAGGAAGAUAACAACAGUAAUCCCUUGAAAAGAAACUUGUGUACCUCGGUGUUUUUAUUAUUGUUUCUUUCCUUAAUGAAAAAUACAGAAAAGGUCACAUAUACCGAUUUUAAAGGCUCCUCAGUUCUUCAGAGCCUUUAGAUUAGUAGCAUUAACUAAAUCUCAAGGGUUUCUUGUAAGUCCAUUCAUUUUAGUCAAAGUCAAAUAUAAAAAAACACCAUUGCCUGUCAGCCAGUCAGUUUCAGUCACUGUGAAAAAUUUCACAUUCAGCCUCCAUGCAGCAGAGUAUUUGAGUUCAACUUCCUGUCUGUGUGAAUUUCAUGUUUCAUAGCUCAUAGCUCACACUUCUACAUUAGUCCAAACGUGCAUCUGGACAUGGGAGAUGAGAUCAGGGCUGAUAUUCAGUUUGGGAACAGACCGUAUUGCCAUAUCAGCCCUUACUCCAGUGUCUGUGCUUACCAGACAGUGGUGAUGGACUGUUGGGAUUGUUCAGUGUUUUGAAUAUCACCUCUGAACAUUCUGGAAAAAAAGUUUCACUGGACCUGGUCAAUAUGUUCAAAGCAAUGGUAAGUUCAGAAAUACCAAAAAGACUUUCUUCUUCAUACUUGCUUAGUAAUUGGAAUGUUUGUUGCAUGCCUUCAUUUUCCAUUUCAGUUAUUACAUGUGUACAUUCAUAUAUGUUAACUUUUAUUGUAGCAAAGCUAGUGGGAAUCAAUGCUCUAGUUGACAGGAAAGGUAACUCCACAAAUCCUAGGAUGUCUUGAUAUUUUUAGCAGACUUUAAAAUAUUAUAAACAGUCUUUGUGUACUGUACUUAAUGCUUUUGUAAGGAACAUAAUUUGAGAUAUUCCAUCUUUAUCAUGCUCUAAAUUUUGUUACUUUGCUUAUUAUUCAAAGUACAAUAAAGUUUUGAACAGGC